AUGCGCAGCCGUGUCAUGAGAAUCAAGGAUCGAUUGAAUACCAGUGAGCAGUCGGACGUAGUGUAUCACAUACCAUGUCUAAACUGUCCCAUAAAUUACACGGCACAGACUGGACGCAAGCUGGGUUCGCGCAUACGCGAACACAAGUCGGCUGUUCGACGGGGUGACCCAUUAUCGCAAGUGGCGGCCCACAUCUACGAGACGGGUCACGAAUUCAACUUCACAGCCGCGAAGGUAAUUGCCCACGCUGGCAGCAAGACAGGUCGAGAACUGAUUGAAGCCUGGGCAUCGGAUGACAACUCAGUUAAUCGAUGU